AUGAAGUCCCUUCUGUUCACCGCUGCCCUAGCUGGGCUUUCCGAAGCAGCCCUGAGGUUUGGCUGUUCGACUUUGAGCAUUCAGCGACUUGAUCCCGUCGUCGAGCCUGGCAAUGUCCCUUCAGCUCAUCUUCAUCAAAUCGUUGGUGGCAAUGCCUUCAAUGCAUCGAUGGAGCCGGAGGAUGGUGACCCUGCUGAGAGAGCUACUUGCACUACUUGCACAUUCAGCGAAGACUUCUCUAACUACUGGACGGCGGUGAUGUUCUACAAACACCAGAAUGGAUCGUACCAGCGUGUUCCUAUUAUGGCUAACGAUGCCUUGCCCUACGGUAUCAAUGGUGGCAUGACAAUCUACUAUACACAACAAGAUUUCUUCUCCAACGGAAACCAAAAGAUCACAGGUUUCCCCAAGGGUUUCCGAAUGACGGCAGGUUCAGUCACCUCCACCUCGAAAUACAGCAAAGGAUUGAAGUUCGUGUGCUUGCAAAACAAGAGUACACGAUUCCCUGAGCUCGACGCAUUCCCUACCCAAAAGUGUGUUGGCGGUAUCAUGACUGUCCAUCACUUCCCCGCCUGCUGGGAUGGUAAGAAUAUCGACAGCCCAGACCACCAAUCGCACAUGUACAACACUGUGAACGACGCCUUCGUCAACUCCGGCGCUUGCCCAGCAUCGCAUCCUGUCCGCGUUCCCCAGGUCACCUACGAGACUCUCUGGGACACCGCCAAGUUCAACAACUUGCCCUGGCCCACAGACGGCUCCUCGCCUUUCACCCUAAGCUACGGCGACAACAAGGGUUACGGCACACACGCCGAUUACAUGUUCGGCUGGAAGGGCGACGCUCUCCAGCGCGCGAUGGACUCGAGCUGCAUGUUCAACGCCUGCGAGAACGGCAGACCCCUCAAGUCGCAACAGCCCGCCCAGAUGAACGCUUGCCAGGUCAAGCCCACUGUUCAAGACAAGAUCGAUGGCUGGCUACCCGACCUUCCAGGCAUGAGCGCUUAG